CCCCUCAAAAAGUACCAGUUUGUCCGAGCUGCAUUUGUCUCGAGACGGGUUCAUUCUUCAGGGACAGGUGAAAUAUGGCAUCUGUUCGCAGACAGUUCCCUUACACACCUAAAGCUCCCAUCAGACAGGGAAUAUACAGCCAGGCGGUGGUAGUGGACAGGACCAUGUACAUCUCCGGACAGAUUGGGAUGGACGUUGCCUCUGGUCAGCUGGUGGAGGGGGGAGUGCAGGUGCAGGCCAGACAAGCUCUUAUUAACAUGGGGGAGAUCCUUAAGGCUGCAGGCUGUGACUACAAAAAUGUGGUGAAGACGACUGUGCUGCUCGCUGAUAUAAAUGAUUUCAAUAACGUCAAUGAAGUUUACAAAUCAUUUUUCAGCUGCAACUUCCCUGCCCGAGCUGCGUAUCAAGUGGCCGCUCUCCCCAGAGGAGCACUGGUGGAAAUUGAAGCUAUUGCCGUGCUUGGUCCCAUUUCAGACUCCUGACUAACCGACCCAAUCACAAACAAGCUGUAGUUUAAGCAGACCAAGUGGCCAUUAUAGAGUUUCAUUAUAAUCACAUUACAUAAUUCGCUGCAUAUAUUUUCAUACUUUUUGAUACUGAUGUUAUUAAUGAUCUGCACAAGUAAUGACACUUCAUAGCACUUCAUAGUUGUAAGUGGUUAGAUAAUAAAGUAAUACGAAAUAAAUGCUUUUGAUAACAACUUGAAA